ACUGCUGCUCAGGGGUGAGAGGGCCCCCACCUGUGACCUCACCCCCAGGAUGGCUGUGGAACCCGAGGUGUCUGUGAGGUCGCACAUUCCACUCACAGACCCGUGGCACCCCAUGAGAGGGACACAGAGCCUCGGAGGCCAAGGACACUCCAGGUGCUGACAGAGAGGCCAGGCCAGCGCCAAAGGCCACAACGGGAGCCCAGACGCCACUCAUCCAGCAGUCCCACAAGGUCCGCGACACCCCGGCCCGGCCUGGGCGCCACUCCUGCCGCUGGGCUACCAUGGUCCUUGGCUGGCUGCGGCUGCUGCUGCUGGUGACCACGCUGCCACGAGGCGUGGCAGGCAUCAAGGACUGCUUCUUCUGUGAGCUGACUGACUCCACGCGCUGCCCCAGCACCCGCAUGCACUGCGGGGACGAGGAGGACUGCUUCACAGGCCGUGGGGUGGCCCAGGGCGUGGGGCCCGUCAUCAACAAAGGCUGUGUGCGCGCCACCAGCUGCGGCCGCGAGGAGCCCGUGAGCUACAUGGGCCUCACCUACAUCCUCACCACCUCCUGCUGCUCCGGCCACCUGUGCAACCACAGCCCCAGCCCCACAGGCCGCCCAAGGGUGAUAGCAGCAACCAGCUUGGCCCUGGGCCCAUUGCUGCUCCGAUACCUGCUGUGAUCCUG